CAGCCGGUUAACAUUCAACAUGUUUCCCGGACACUUCCCGUUCAUCUGGGCAACUAAUCUAGGUGAGCUGAGUCUCCAGGACACUCGGAUAAUGCUUACACUAAGUAGUUUUAGAUCCAUGCUGCUUCAGUUAAAGUCCAUCAAGCACUUGAAUUUACAGAGAACACAGAUAUCCAAAUUACCACGAAGAACACUGAGUCAUCUACCGUCAUUAAGGAUUUUGGAUUUGCAAGGGAACUAUUUGGCCACAUGGAACACUGAAACGUUUAGUAACGUCACGCAGUUAGAGUACUUAAAUCUUGAUGGUAAUCGUAUAAGUAUUAUUAAUGAAACGUCAUUUCCGAUCGAGUUUAGAAGCCACAUUAAGAAAAUUAACCACGGUAACAACGACUUCCUCUGCACAUGUGCCUUGCUGUGGUUUCGCACAUGGAUGAAGCAAGCAAUAACGAACAAAACUAUACGGUUCGUCAACUAUCCAAACCGUUAUUAUUGUAAGAACCCAUACCACCAGAGACUAGAUCAUUAUAACCCCACUGCUGAAUCUUGCAAAGUUAAGAAUCCUUAUGUCGUUGCCUAUGUAUCAUCAGGAAUAUUCGUUGUUGUAGUGGUUGUCGCUGCCCUGUUGGUAUACUACAACCGUUGGAAUAUUCGAUACUUCAUGUAUACAAUGAGACGACGUCGGUAUCGACAGCUGCCUGGGCGUGAAGUUGAAAUCAAGUUUGAUGUCUUUGUGUCCUUUGAUUCUGAGGAUUCAGACUGGCUCAUGGAAGAAGUGGCUGACUUUUUGGAGAAUGACCUAAACCUCAAACUGUGUAUUCACGAAAGGGAUUUUGAAGGAGGCAAAAUGAUUAUCGAUAAUAUCGUGGACUGCAUGGAUCAGAGCGAGAAGAUCAUUAUGAUUGUGUCCAACAACUUCGCCAGGAGUAACUGGUGCCAGUGCGAAGUGAAAAUGGCUCUUAACCAACAAUUUGAAAUUCACAAGGACGUCAUUGUUGUUAUCCGCGAAAUGGUUGACAGAAAAUAUAUGUUCAAAUCUCUCAAGGCAUUGCUUGCUACCACUACAUACAUUGAAUGGAAGGAAGGUGAAAGAGCAAAACAGGUUUUCAGAAAUCGUCUGCAAGAAGUCAUGACUCGUAAAAAUUAUGAACAGUAAAUGAAGCGUUUUAGGCACGGGUCCUUGUUUCAGUUUAAAGACACCAAUCGUGGGAUACCGGUUGGGACGGGAAAACCCCAUUGACAAUGGUUCCACCAAGGGACUUUAAUCAUUCAA